UCUUAUAGUAGGGCCAUACCUCCAGACUCAUAGGCUAAAUAAAACGAUACUAUCACUGAAUAAUCACAUCGGACUACUAAAGGAGUCGUUUGGAGCUUAAUUUUUGUACAUUUUAGGCAGAGGAUUCACACAUUUGUUUACAAUGAAAUUCCACAUGGAUUUAUUUCUAUUGACAUUUAUUGUGAACGCGAACGGCUCUGCUGGUAUAUAUUGGCUUGGACUUACUGUAAAUGGGAGUUCUUUAGGCUGGAAUCAAACUAAUCAUUGCAAGCUGCUAGACGCGUUGGCCCAUGAGCAAUUGCAACUUUGUCGGCGAAAUCUUGAGUUGAUGCACAGUAUUGUCCACGCCGCCAAGAUGACCAAAAAUACAUGUCAGAACACCUUCGGUGACAUGCGGUGGAACUGUUCCUCUGUUGAAAAAGCCCCUCGUUUUACACCAGAUUUAGCAAAGGGCACCAGGGAGUCUGCGUUUGUGUUCUCACUAGCUUCUGCCGUAGUGAGUCACUCCAUCGCCAGAGCCUGCUCUUCUGGAGAGCUCCCCAGCUGCUCGUGCGCCCCAGCCCCUGCUGAACAGGCCGGMCCCGACUUCAAAUGGGGAGGAUGUGGCGAUAACCUGCGCUAUGGUCUCCAAAUGGGAUCUGCCUUUUCUGAUGCACCGAUGAGAAACAGCAGAUCUGGCUCUCAGCCGUUCAGACUAAUGAACUUGCACAAUAAUGCAGUUGGAAGACAGGCACUUAUUGAUGCCCAGGAGACCAAUUGCAAAUGCCAUGGGGUGUCUGGGUCCUGCUCUGUCAAAACAUGUUGGAAGGGCCUCCAUGAUAUUAAUCACAUUGCCAUGGAUCUCAAAUCCAAGUACCUGUCUGCCACCAAGGUGAUCCAUCGUCAUCUUGGGACAAGGAAGCAGUUGGUCCCCAGAGAGUUGGAUUUUCGACCAGUGAGAGAGAGUGAUUUGGUCUACCUGAUCAGCUCUUCGGAUUACUGCACACACAAUGAGAAACAUGGCUCACUCGGCACACAGAACAGGCAGUGCAAUAAGACAUCCAACGACAGUGGGAGUUGCAAUAUAAUGUGCUGUGGUCGCGGCUACAAUGCCUUCACUGAGAGGAUUGUGGAGAGAUGCCAGUGCAAGUACCACUGGUGCUGCUAUGUCACCUGCAAGAGGUGUGAAAGGACAGUGGAGAGAUAUGUAUGCAAAUAAACUUUGCAUAGAGACAAUUGAGUGAACAUGAAGCACUAUUUUAACCACKAUAUCUUGUCAAGCUGUGCUGGCCCAGGUCACCUGACCUGACUCCCCGUGUAGUAGUACGUAGUCUGCAGGCUACAGUACAAUAAAAAACAAGAGGAACAACUCACAUACAAUACCAAAGAUAAGCAGAUGGAUCUGGACUCCUCUGUUACCUGUUUUAAAGAGACUGGAGGAGGGCACUACUGUGAAAAAUAUUGUGUUACUUGAAGAGAAAAUGUGAUUGAUUGGGAGCUGUUAGCUAUUCAUGCUUGAUUAGUAAUAUGUUCCUCAAUAGAAGAUUAGUUGAAUUGAUGACAUAGGAGGUACCCUAAAUGCAAACCGUCCAGUCAGCUUUAAGUUGUUCAACUGACACUGAAAAGCUUUUAAUAAUUUACAUCUUACUCAUUAACUAAAUUGCCAAUGAGAGGAUGAAUAGCUGAUGGAUCUAAUUUGAAUGUCCAUUUUAGUCAAAAGCGGCUAAUGCCAUAUACUCCUCAGUUUAGGUACAUUCUGAUCAUAGGCAUACAGAAUACAUUUUAGCUGUAUUUUUUGUUUUUAUUAAUACAUUAGGCCUGUUGAUGUACAUAAGUGCAAUUUUAUAUUUAUUUCUAUUAAAA